UAUUUUUCUUUAGUUUCCAUCUAUCAAAUAACAAGUUAUACUAUAAGAGAAAGAAGUCGCUGUAUGUGGCGCGGCUGAGAAAGAGCCGAGAGGAUGGAGGAUGACGUUGAGAUGGCAGCGGGUGAAAGCGGCGCCGUGGUGGAAUUGGAUGACAUGAAGAAGAGGUUGAAAGAGAUGGAAGACGAAGCGGUUGCUCUCCGUGAAAUGCAGGCCAAGGUCGAGAAAGAAAUGGGUUCUGUUCAAGACCCUGCUGCGGCUGCUGCAAACCAGGCAAACAAGGAAGAAGUGGAUUCUCGAUCUGUCUUUGUUGGAAACGUGGAUUAUUCAUGCACUCCAGAGGAAGUGCAGCAGCAUUUUCAGUCAUGUGGGACAGUUAAUAGAGUUACAAUCCGAACUAACAAGUUUGGGCAACCUAAAGGAUAUGCUUACGUUGAGUUUGUUGAACCGGAAGCUGUCCAAGAAGCUAUUCUUCUGAAUGAAUCUGAACUUCAUGGCCGCCAACUUAAGGUAUCAGCAAAGAGGACUAAUGUUCCUGGUAUGAAGCCGUACCGUGCUAGGCGUCCCAACCUGUAUAUGGGAUUUCCAGGCCGGACACCAUUCAUGGCUGCUCCUUAUUUUUUUCCUCCUUAUGGAUACGGAAAGAUUCCAAGGGCGAGGGCACCGAUGCGUUACAGUCCCUACUUCUGAGACUCUUUUGUUUUUCCCUAGACGUACAUACCUCUGGAUGGUGGGAUGUUUCAUUAAAAGCAGUAGCUUCUUAUCCCUUGUAUGUCUAAUUGCCUCUAUAAAUCUUAUUUAUCACGAAGUUGGGGUUUCAGGUGAGCUUUGUGGCAAACAGUGUGAUCACGAAUCCUUUUGGUAUUGUGUCUUUAGAGUUGUUGAGAACAUAUGCAUGUUUGGAACUUCCACUGUCUUAUUGCAUUCAACUGCAGAAAAGAAAGAAAGAACCGUUAGGGCCA